AUGGCUGGGUCGCAGCUCAAAAAUUUGAAAAAAUCGCUCAAAGAGCAAGGUUUUACAGGACAAACGAAUGUGAAAGGUUCGAAGAAGGGAAGCAAGAGACAAGCCAAAGAGUAUGACCGCGAGGAGAAAGCUCAGCGAAUCGCCAAAAUUCGGGAACAGUUCAAUCCGUUCGAGCUGAAAGUGAACCGUGACAAAAAAACUACACAGACUGGUAAGAAUGCGUCUUUGAAAGCAGUGGGUAAACCUGGUAUUUCCAAGCAAAUCGGCGAGGAACGGCGUCUAGUGGCUCAUGAGGCUCACCAGCGGCGUAAAAACAGACUCGGAGGCCUCACUGACCGCAGAUUCGGAGAAAGAAAUAAAAAUUUGACCGAGGAAGAAAAGAUGUUGGAACGUUUCACCCGGGAAAGACAGGCUCAGUCCUCGUCUAAAAAAUCGUUGUUCAAUCUUGAGGAUGACGACGAGGGAGAUGAUUUUGGAGCUGCUGGCGAUGAAGACCUGUAUGGCGGUACUUUGACGCAUUACGGUCAGUCGCUGGCAUUGGAAGACGAUUUUCAAGACGACGACUUGGGCUUGGAACAAUCCAAGCGAUCAGCAUCGGCCUUCGACGGUGAUGAGGAUGAUGAAUCAAGACCUGCUAAGAAGAAAACCAAGGCGGAAGUUAUGAAGGAAGUCAUCGCCAAGUCUAAAUUCUAUAAGCAUGAGCGUCAAAAGGCUCAGGAAAAACUCGUUGAAGACAUCGAAGAUGUCGAUGAAGAAUUCGACGACAUUAUGUCGGAGCUAUCCACUAUUUCCAAGCAAAAGCCUAAGUUACCUGCUGAAAGUGGCGCAUCCGAUAAGCAGUACGAUACGAAGGUCAGGGAACUAGGUCUAGAGAGAAGAGCAGUUCCAGCAGAUCGUACCAAAACCCAAGAAGAGAUCGACCAAGAAAACGCUGAGAAGCGUGAGAAGCUGGAGCAAGCGAGAAUCGAUAGAAUGAACGGUAUGGCUGGGAUAGACGUGGACGAAGAUCGUGGAGUGGAAGAUCUGGGCGACGAUUUCUGGGAAGGUGACAACUCAGAGGAGGAAGAAGAAUUUGGUGAACACAUAGACAAUGGCUUCGCGAUGGACGACGUUCAGCUACCAGGUGACAAAGGCGAGAAAGGCCGCAGUUCAGGUUCUAAAGCUGUCGCGAUUCUAGCUUGUCCUCAGAGUCAAGACGAACUGAUGGACAUUCUCGAAAAUCAUAGUGCUAAGGAUCACCCUUCCUUGGUUAAGGAAAUCAUCAGAACUUAUCAACCCAGACUAGCGGCUGGCAACAAAGAAUUACUCGGAACAUUUGUUGGUGUGCUCUUGAGACAUAUACUUUAUGUCUCUAACGACUACAAUGACAGCAAUGCAAAGGAACUUGGUAAGAUGCAAAACGAGCUUAUAGCCAUAUUGAGGUCCAUGGCUCAGAAAUAUAAUGAGCCUUUGUCUUUGACCUGUCGAGAAAUAUCAAACGAAAUUCAGACCAGGUUCAAAACUCAGCGGUCUCAUGGAUUGCUGGCAUCAGACCUGGUCUUUUUCACUUUGGUUGGAUACAUCUUUUCUACUUCAGACCACUACCAUCUAGUGGCCACUCCGAGUAACGUUCUCAUGGGCGAGCUAUUAGAACAGACAAAACUAAACACCUUCCAGAACAUUGCGUUUUGUGCAGUUCUAGCCAGAAUAUCCCUGACCUACCAAAGGUUAGCAAAGCGCUUUGUCCCAGAGCUUGUCUAUUUUUUCGAAAAGUCGUUGACGACUUUGUUACCCAUAAGCGAAGCAUCAAAGCUGGAGAAGGGUCUCACAAAAGUCAUUUGUGACACUAACGACCUAAAGGCUCCGCCAAAAAUUACUGCCAAAUCAAUGGAGAAAUCUACUUUAAGCCUUCGCUUGAUAAGUGAUCAAAAACGACAGGUUAGUGACAGCGACAAAAUCGCUCUUCUGUGCAAUAUCUUCACGUCUAUGGAAGAAGCUAUAACACAGAUAUGGAAAGAUAUGUCUUGUUUUCCUGAGCUUGCCGUUACUGUUAAACCAAUCUUGAUGGCAUACUGCGAGCAAUAUCCCAACCUGGAAACACUAAGAGUCAUCGUUGAGAAAAUUGAAAGGUUUGAGGCUUUCAGUGAGCAUUUUCCUCUUGCUUUGCAAAAUCACCGCCCUCUAAGUAUACCGAUGCAUACGCCCAAAUUCGAAGAGAACUUCAAUCCCGACAAAAAGUCCAACGAUCCUGACAGAACAAGAAAUGAGGUCAACAAGGUGAAGGCUCAACUAAAGAAAGAACGCAAGUUCACCAUGAAAGAAAUUAGGAAGGAUACCAAGUUCGAAGCUAGACAGCAAAUUGACCAAAAGAAGAAGGAAUACUCCGACUACCAUGCUAAGAUGGCUCGGAUCGUUAAUCAAAUUAGUACAGAGGAAGGCGCCGAGAAGGGCAAGUACGAAAGAGAAAAGAGACUGCGUAACAGCAAGAAGUAA